AUGGAAGUUCUCACAGCGGUAACUGUUCCACAAGUCCUCAAGGUCGCCUACGAUGCACUAUUGUUUUCCUGGACUCAGUACGAGAAGGUGGAAGGCAAUCAAACCCAGUGUCGCCUUCUGAUACAACGAUGCCAAGACCUGUUUUUCGAGGUGAACAAACAGCUCAGCGACCUAGGCCUGAUGGGCAAGACAGCACGCAAGCGUGGACUGGCCCCCUACUUGCAGAAUCUCGAAGAGACGUGCAUUACUGUGAAGACGACGAUUGGACGUCUGGCGGACAAAGGGUUCGCUUGGAGACUCUUGAAUCAAGACAAGAUCAAGGAGGAGCUUGCUGCUGCAGAAACCGCAAUCAGCGAUGCGUUGACAAUAUUCAACUUCGGGACGCACUUGAGUGCACAAAACCUCCAAGUUGAAAUAGCUUCAGCGCAGAAAGCUGACCAGGAAGAACUCGUUGCGCGGCUAGAUAGCCUAGCGUACAACGACGAGAAGAUCCUCGCGGCCUUGCAAGAUGAUGCCAGACGUCAACGACAAGGCUUAGAAGAAUUGAUAGUGGCCUUUACCAGACCCACCCAGCACAUCGAAAGAAUCACACAAGCAUCUCCAGCCGUACCAAACGAUCCCGCAGAAGCUUUUCUGCUGAUUGCUUCAUCAGCACUGCAGCGCUUGUCUGGACAGACUGCUUCAGGAAUUCCACAUUGGGCUGUAACGAGUCUUGAGGUCAGAUUUGACCCUGGUGAUCGAGAGAGCUGCAUUGGCCAAGGUACUUUCGGCAACAUCUACAAAGGUGAAUGGAAUGGACAAGUUGUCGCUGUCGAAGAAAUGCACGGCGGUGAUGCUCAGAUGCUUACUGCGGUCUCACUGAAAUAUAUCAGGAACGAAAUCACAAAAUGGUCUCAAAUUGCUCAUCCACACUUGCUUCCGUUUUACGGUGCCUGUUUAGAAUUUGGACGGCCAUUCAUUGUAACUCGUUUCUGCGGAAAUGGAACCAUUCUCGAAUUCCUGCGCUGUAAGCCUGACGCUAAUCGCACCCUCCAUGAGAUCUCCUUGGGGAUGUCAUACCUACACAACCAAGGAGUUAUUCAUGCUAAUCUGAAAGCGGCCAGCGUGUUGGUUGGAGAUGACCAGAAGGCCGUCAUUACUGACUUUGGUCUAUCACGUCUGCAAUAUCAAAUUGCGUCAGUGACGGGGACGACGGGGACGAAGACUGUCUGGACGCCCCACUGGAUGGCGCCUGAGCUACUGGGUGGAGGGCUCCCUGAUAAACCUGCUGAUGUUUAUAGCUUCGCAUUUUUGGCCUGGGAGCUUUACACAGGGCUCGCUCCGUUCGGUUAUCUGCAUAAUGCUGCGUUGGCGCACAGAGUGCUAAACAAGAAAGAGCUUCCACAUCGCCCUGAGUGCAUGGAUGAUGCUACAUGGGACAUGGCCGAGAAAUGCUGGAGAUACGAAGCAAGUCAGAGACCCUCAUUUGCAAGUAUCCAGAGGCGACUGAGGAGGGUCUUGUUGAAAGCAUCAUCUGAGGGACCAGAGAACCCACCCUCGGCACCACUUGAAUACCUCAGUACCACUACCGGCACCGAGCAUCUUCUACGAGUAGAACCUGCAUAUUCCAAGCUUCCUGCAGAUCAUGAAAUACUGUCCGAGGAAUCCCACAAGGAGUUACACAACGGCACAUUAGGAGGAGUAAACCAUCGCAUCUUGCGACCCACAAAGUCCAAGGACCCUGCGAAGUCAACGCGAGAGCCUAGGUGGUUCCCUCCCGCAAACUCGCGUAUGCCUCCUCUUGUAUUAUCAGGCGAACGCUCUGCCUUCAUUGAAUCUGUGAAGACAUCUGCCAAAACUCGGAUGCGGUCUUGGGAGAGGACCUCCAAAGCCUUGAUAGCACCCGUUUACCGGGGUAAAUCGCUCAUUGAUGGUUCUUACUCCUUAGGACUCGGAAGCGCGGGUGCAAGGUCAGAUUGGGGUACUACCUUGCCAGGGAUUGUCCUCCGAGCCAAAGCAAUCUAUCCAUACAUUGCACCUUUGAACUAUCCCAACGAUCUAUCGUUCACCAAAGGAGAAAUCCUUGACAUCCUUGACAUCCCCGACAGCACUGGUAAAUGGUGGCAAGGUCGCAAAGCUGAUGGCAAUGUUGGGAGUACUGGUGCCAUCUGA